CCUUAGUCAACCUAACGCCAAAAGUAUUCUUAUUUAAUUGUUUGCCCUAAAUUCGGUGGAAAUUAAUUAUGUUGUUUAAAUUAAAUCGGUUAUGUAUUUUGUUUCUGAUUUUAAACCAUUACAGUCCGAUGUCAAGAUGUGACGCCAAACGGCCUCCUUCACAAGCAGCCGACGCGGCCGUGGAGGGCAUUGGACUGGGAGGAUCUUUCGUGGACGUUGGGGGUAACGCCGCUUCCCCUGAUGGAAUACAGCCAUGGGGAAUCAUUCUGAUUUGCGUCGGAUCUUUUAUGGCUGUUGUGUCCGUAAUAAUAAUAAUUACCGUUUGGCGGUACAGAAGUAGCACAGAUGAUGGUAACGCGUCAACGACAGGGAAGAAAGAUUUGCAUCCGUCUCCCACAAAGGCUAUUUCGAACGACAUUCCUGUUGGCUCGCCAAACAGUAGUCACAGUGCAGACAAUGCAUUACCAGCGGUGGAAACUAAGCAACCAUCUGAAUAACCAACAUUAAUGUGCACUUAGCAUGCCUUAAAUGUGGCUGACUUAUGAAACUGAAUGUUUCUGUUACCCUCAUGUAUAUAAAAGUGUGUGUUUUUAAACCAUCCUUUCAUUUAAAUGUUAGUUAAACUUGAAAUCAGGACAUCUUAGAUGUUAUAUCAGUGACAGAUAAACCGUAAAGCAUUUGUUGCUCUUUUUUAUUCACCGCCAAAUAUUUGAAACCUGAUUUCAUUUUUUUUUUUAAAUUAUUGAUUAGUCUACAUGUUUUAUGAAUAUGAAUAAUAUUUCUAUGACAAAAUACAGAAACAAGCACACUAGUCGAAAGUUUAAACCUAAACUCCGUUUAAUUGCACGGGAUCAACGCCAAAGACAUAGAACAUAACAACAAACAAUCACAAACCCGAAAUACGAAACAACAGCUACAAAAUCCACAAACAACUCAGCACAUAUCAACUAUAUAAAACAUAGGGGUGUUUUUUCAAGGAUUAUUAGGUACCACCUUGGAACGGUCAGUAAAAUGUAAAUUUACUGGGGCUUUCAACUAGUUUUUGUGCACAACCUCACUCUUAUCCCAACAAUCCCAAACAAAGUAAAACGUUAUUGGUAAAUUUUAUAAAAGUAUGAAUUAACAUAAGGUAUAAUCAUGUCCAAGCUAGCAUAUCUUUAUCCUUGUUUAAGUUGGUAGAAAAUAAUUUUGAAUAUGCAACUUACCUUGAUUGUAUACAAUUCAAGUACCGUAUAAGUAUCGUAUAAGUUUCACCAAACUUAGAUUGUCAUCGCAUCCCUUAAGAAUUGAAUCUGGUCGUUACGGAAAUAACCGUGUAGCCCAUAGUCAAAGAUAUUGUUUAAUUUGUAACUCAGGCGAUAUUGAGGGCGAGUUUCACUUUGUUUGUGUAUGUAAUGCUUAUAUUAAUUUGCGCUUGAAAUAUUUUUAAAAAAAUACUAUGCAAGACCUAGUAUGAUAAAGUAUAUUAAUUUGUUACAGUCCAGUAAUAAGACAGGUCAACUAAGAUUUUAUAAAUUUAUAUUUGAAGCAUUUAUUAUACGUAAGAAUAGUGUCAAUCAAAUGAUUUAGCAUUACAUUUAUAAUUGUAUAUUGUGUUGUCAUUUUUCUAUUUGUAUAUAUUGUAUAUAUAUAUAUAGGUUCACUGUACUUUACAAACUUCACCCUCUCGAUAAUAUUUCUUACUUUACAUUUCAUGAUUUAACAAAUUAAAUUACAGUGUGUAGUAAUAAGAUAACCAUCUUGUUGUGAUUUAACCUUAUUAUGAUAUAUGUUCUUUUUUUCUUCUUUCUUUUUUCACGUCUUA